AAAUCGAUCACGUGACCUGCCCUCCCACUGUGCCAACAUGGCGACGCCCAGGUGUAAUCCGGGAAACGUGCACCCAGACUAAUUCGGUCUUCGGCGCCUCGAGCGAGGGUUUGGCGGGCAGAGGCUCCCGCGGAUGUCCCGUGCGAGAAUCGGUCUGUGGCUGAGGCUGACUCUCCGCUCCGCCUGCAGUCCCUAUAGAGCCAGGUGUAUGGAGGGGCAGCCGCCAGGGCUACCGAAUCCGGCCGAAAUGGAGAACGGCACCGCGCCCCGCGAAGAAGAGCCCGCGUCCGAGGCUCAGGAGACGACGGUCACCGAGGGGGCCGCCAAGAUAGCCUUCCCCAGCUCCAACGAAGUCUUCUACAACCCAGUGCAGGAGUUCAACCGGGACCUGACAUGUGCCGUGAUCACUGAGUUUGCUCGCGUUCAGCUGGCGGCCAAAGGAAUCCAGAUCAAGGUGCCAGGUGAGAAGGAUGUGCAAAAGGUGGUCGUGGACUUAUCAGAGCAAGAGGAGGAAAAGGCUGAACUGAAAGAGGGUGCAAACCUGGCCCCAGGAGACCAACCUCGAACAGCUGCCGUGGGGGAGAUCUGCGAGGAAGGCCUUCGAGUGCUGGAGGGUCUGGCAGCCUCGGGCCUCCGUUCCAUUCGCUUUGCCCGAGAGGUGCCUGGGCUGCAUUCUGUGGUUGCCAACGAUGCCUCUGCCCGAGCCGUGGAUCUCAUGUGCCGCAACGUGCAGCUCAACGGUGUGGCCCACCUGGUGCAUCCCAGGCAGGCAGACGCCCGGAUGCUGAUGUACCAGCACCAGAAGGCAUCGGAGCGGUUUGACGUCAUCGACCUGGACCCGUACGGUAGCCCUGCCCCCUUCUUGGACGCAGCCGUGCAGGCUGUGAGCGAAGGAGGGCUGCUGUGCGUGACAUGCACGGACAUGGCAGUGCUGGCCGGCAACAGCGGGGAGACGUGCUACAGCAAGUACGGGGCCAUGGCCCUCAAGAGCCGCGCCUGCCACGAGAUGGCCCUGAGGAUCGUCCUGCACAGCUUAGACCUCCGAGCCAACUGCUACCAGCGCUUUGUGGUACCCCUGCUCAGUGUCAGCGCUGACUUCUAUGUGCGCGUUUUUGUUCGUGUCUUCACGGGCCAGGCCAAGGUCAAAGCCUCAGCCAGCAAGCAGGCGCUGGUAUUCCAGUGUGUGGGCUGUGGGACCUUCCACCUUCAGCGCCUUGGCAAAGCAUCGGGAGCCUCUGGUGGCCGGGUCAAGUUCUCUGCAGCCUGUGGUCCCCCCGUCGCCCCCGAGUGUGAACACUGUGGGCAGCGACACCAGCUUGGCGGUCCCCUGUGGGCAGAGCCCCUCCAUGACCUGGACUUCGUGGGUCGUGUCCUAGAGGCUGUGAGCACCAACCCUGGCCGCUUCCACACCUCAGAGCGGAUCCGAGGGGUCCUGAGCGUCAUCACUGAGGAGCUCCCGGACGUGCCUCUCUACUACACGCUGGACCAGCUGAGCCGCACCAUCCGCUGCAGCACGCCCAGCCUCCUGCAGCUGCGGUCGGCCCUCCUCCAUGCUGGCUUCCGGGUCUCGCUCUCCCACGCCUGUAAGAACGCCGUGAAGACGGAUGCCCCCUCUUCGGCCCUCUGGGACAUCAUGCGCUGCUGGGGAAAGGAGUGUCCGGUGAGGCGGGAGCGCCUGUCGGAGACCAGCCCGGCCUUUCGUAUUCUCGGUGUGGAGCCCAGGCUGCAGGCCAACUUCACCAUCCGGGAAGAUGCCAACCCCAGCUCCCGCCAGCGAGGACUCAAGCGCUUCCAGGCCAAUCCCGAGGCCAACUGGGGCCCGCGGCCCCGCGCCCGGCCAGGGGGCAAGGCAGCAGGCAAGGCUAUGGAGAGAAGCAGGCUGCACCAGAACAAGAGAAAGGAGCCUGCUGAGGACCCAGUCCAGCGGGCUGCCCGGCUCAAGACAUUUCCCUGUAAAAGAUUCAAGGAGGGCACCUGUCAACGCGGGGAGCAGUGUUGCUACGCCCACAGCUCCCCAGCACCCGAGGACCGUCCAGAGACUCCUUACCAGAACCCGCCUGGGCCUGGCGUGGCCUCUGGUCCAGGAGUAGACUGAGCCAAUAAAGACAUGUCAUCCUUU